AUGAAGAAUUCAGAACGCUUUGAAAAUUACAUGACUACUAUGGCUAAUAAAUUGAAUUCAGGAGAAUCGUUUAAAUCCUCUUCUAAGUUUACCGCCGACCUUACCUUUAUUCGAAUGCCUAAAGGUGGUAAAAGUGGUAGACAAAAAGUUCUAUUGGGAAAGCGAUCCAUGGCAGAAGUUUUGAAAAAGAAACAUUCCGUGAUUCAAAUUACAAAUUCAGACGAAUUGUGUUGUGCAAGAGCCAUCUGUGUCGCAAAAGCAUGGAUCCAUAAAGAUGAGGGGGAUCGACAGAAAAUCGAUUACGAGAAUGCAAGAAAAUGUGAGACUGUUCGAUCACGAAUGGCCUAUCAACUCCAUGAAGAUGCGGGCGUACCUUUGGGGGCAUGCGGGCACCAAGAAUUGAAAAAAUUUCAAGACUUCCUAGCACCAGACUACCAAUUGAAAGUCAUGGCAACUUCCUACCCCUACAUGAUGGUAUUUGUAGGCCCAGAAGCACCGCAUAUUAUCCGCCUCUUGCUCCAGAAACACGAUGACUCUGAGACUGGUCACUAUGACACUUGCACAUCUUACGCUGGUUUUCUAGAACGAUCCUAUUUUUGCGAUCAGUGCAACAAGGGAUUUGAUCAUAAUGACUUCAGACAUCAUCCAUGUGAGGGUCGAAGAUGUCAUGCAUGCAAACAAGUAGAAUGUGGCGCAAAACCUGAUUAUGCCUUGCGUGAAGUACCCUGUUCUUCUUGUUGCCGAAAGUUUUACAGUCAGACGUGUUAUGACAUGCAUAAAGAGAAAAGAUCUGCGACAGCCUUGUUCAAUGCCCUAUGUGUCGUAAGGAGUUUCAAACCUCAGCGUCAAAAGAACCUCACCAAUGCUACUUUGACAAAUGCUCCGUAUGCCAUGAAUAUGUAA